GUACAGAGUCUGGGCAUGAUCCAGAGCCUGGAGGAGCAGGUGACUGAGCUGCCUGGUGAGCCUGACCAAAGAGCCUUCCCAGAGCUAAGGAAUGACUCUGCAGAUGAAGUGCACUCCUCCUUCUCUCCCCCUUCCUCGCCAGCUGUGCCAAGGGGAUUGCUGAGCAGUGCCAGUUUCCACCUCUCUUCACCAGGACACAGCCCCGAGCUGGGAUCCCAGGACCCCUUCACUGGGUUGCAGGUAUUAGAGGCACCCUCUGGAAUGGAUGAGGCCGUGCAAACUUCAGAAACCAAUCAUUGGCACCUGGCACACUCUGGGAAGGAAUCCAUCUCUGUCACUCUGCACAGUGCCAGCAACCUGCCGGCCACCCAGAAGGGCAAUGUGCCAUGGCCCUAUGUCACUGUUAAAAGCAGCUCGGAUGUUGAAAAGAAAAGGGAAGCCCAAGGGGUGACUCAUGUGUCCUCUGAGCCUACACACUCUCCAACCUGGGAGGAGAAGGUGACUGUGGAAAUUGAUGCAGAAGAUGCAGGCCAUGAAGCUGUGAUCCUGACUGUGGCCGACAAAAUCACCAAGGAGGUGCUAGUGAGCUACAAGAUUCCUGUGAGGUACCUCCGAUCGUUCCACCACUACCAUUUGAGACUGGUGCUGCCAAGGAAGAAGGACCCCUUGGGGACAAGUCUGUAUGCUACAGUUGUUCGUAAAGGCAGCCUCAUCCCACGUUAUGUUGGAAUGAAUUACACUGGCUUGGAGGUUUUCCUCCAGGGAAUGAAGAAUCCUCUAGCAGAUCCCCAAGGUCCUAUCAUAGCCAUUGCCAGAGUGGUGAACAACUUUAAUGCAUACAGAAAAGCCAUGAAGAUGCGGCCCUCUACCUCUCCUGCGGUUGAUUUAACCACUGUCAUGUUUCCAGACCCCUCCAUGGUGGCAUUCGAUGUUCUCCGAGUCACCAACCAAGGAUAUCCCCAGGUCACCCAACCUGGUGGACCCCCAGAGAAACCAACCUGGAACUCCUCCUUCCUCUUCCAAGGCAGGGAUGGGGCCACCCUCUUCUCAGAUGAUAGCAGCUUGGUGAUCGAAUACUAUCCGUACAAAACAAUGUCAGAAACAGAAGCUGAGAACAAGUCAAAGCCUUUGGGUUACUCCGUGUUGCCCCUAACCAACCGUGUGUAUCGGAGUCUUGUGGCAGAGAGCAACCGGAGUGGGGUUCGUGUGGAUGAUGUUCCAGUCCAGGGCACUAAUCUGAGAACCACAUCUGGUGCUGUUCCAACCGUUCAACUCUGCAUGCAGCUGAUCGACUCAGAGAGACCGGAUAUGUUUCUCACAUUGUCCAUCACUGACACUCUUCCUAACCUGGAUCCCAAACUCCUGGGGAAGAUUGGGGCGAUCAGAGAGCCCUGGGCACAAUCUUCCUCUCUUGUACCAUAUGCUUCCAUCAAAGGGGACAAAUCAAAGUUAGCACUUCAGCCCCCGGACGAGGUGGCCCCCAUUGAGCUCGAACGCAAAAAGUCCCAUGUCAAUCUGUUGUUGCUUAACCAAGAUAAUGACAUCUCCCUCCCGCCCCCUGAGGCUGUAGCUGAGAUUCUGCCAGAUAAGCAAAUGCUCCUAUAUGAACAGGCAGCCGCCCCAGCAGACAGUGAUGUGGAUGAUGCGGACAUGCUCAGAAGAACCCAUGAUGUGACCAGGUUCCAUCUGGAUCAGCAGGAGCUAGAUAAUUACCGUACGGCCAUGAAGAAGAUGGCGGACGAUAUCCUGUCUCUGCGCAGGCAUGUUGCCAGCCUGGAGGCAGAGAACAGCACCCUGCGCCGCAACCUGAGCAUGCAUGAGGAAGUGGGCCGCACACUGCUGAACGAUGUGGACGUGGAUGUCAUGACCAAGGUGGAGAUAGUUGACAGGAUAGUGGCCCUCAAGCACAAACUGGCUGCUGGGACAGUGGAAAUGAGCAGGAUGAAGGACCGGGUGCAACAGCUGCAGAAUGAGCUGAUCCGGAAGAAUGACCGGGAGAAGGACCUGGUGAUGCUGCAACGAGCCCAUCAGCAACAGCAGACAGUGCUGAGGAAGUACCAGGAGAAAGUCACCAAGAUGAAAGCCCUGGAGGAUACUGUACGGCAGCAAGAGAGGGUGAUUGAGAAGAUGGAGCGCAUGCUGGAGGAGAAGGUGCCAGAGGCUGCUAGGACCUGUGAGCAACUGUUGGCUGAUAGCUUCUCCAAGGAGUUCUACUCCACCCUGUUAGCUGAGAACAUGAGACUGCGGGAGGAGCUGAGCAGAGCCCACUACCGCUCUUCCCCCAUCAUCCUGCAGCAGCAAGCCUUGCCGGACAUGUUCUCCACCAACUCAGAGAAGCUGUCUUUGCUGGCCAAGGUGGAGAAGGCGCAAGGUCGCAUUCGUGUCCUGGAAAGCCAGCUGGAGGAGUCUGCGAGGAAAUGGGGGCGGGAGAAGCAGGACCUCAGCACCCGGCUCCUGGAGCAAGAGCACGGCUUUGGGCGGUCAUCCAGCACCAUCCUGCAUGAUUUCUCAUUGGCUCCAUCACUCCUGGUUGGCCAGGGCCCACUUCACCUAAGCUCUUUGACUUCUCCCCAUAUCACAGGGGGGCUGUUGUCAGACUUGUGACUUCCCAGUCUUGUAGGGUGGCUGCAUUUGUUGAUUGGGAAAACUUCACCAGAUCCCACAACACAUAUCAAGAGGCACCAAACGCUUGAUCCUCUGCCCUAGCACCUUCUGCAAGAUGGACUUAUUGGCAGUGCUGGGGAAAGACUGUGAAU